GGAGGCUUAAGUGGAAGACCUUUAAAAGAUAAAUCAACCAAAUUGAUCUCAGAUUUCUAUAAACUAACUAAUGGUAAAAUCCCUAUAAUAGGCGUUGGUGGAAUAUUUAAUGGUCAAGAUGCUUAUGAAAAAGUUAGGGCUGGUGCUUCACUUUUGCAAAUAUAUACAUCAUUUAUUUAUAAUGGUCCACCAAUUAUAACAAAAAUAAAAAAAGAGUUAGAAACCCUUUUAAGGGAGAACAACUAUAAGUCAAUAUCUGAAGCUGUCGGCGUUGAUUCAAAAUAAAUUUUUGGUAUACAAUAUCAAAACGUUAAUUUUAAAUAUUGUUUGAGUUAUUAAUUUUUUAAUUAUUAUAGUUGUUAUUUUUUGACAAAAAUUAAUAAAAAUUGUUAUUAGUUAAUAA